AGCAAGCGGUUUCGCGAAGGAGAAGGCCGCUCGCAGUUGGUCGCCAUCUUGUGCUGCUGUGUUCCUAUUCGCCGCCGGGGCAUUGUGUUUAAUACCGGAGCCAAUCAGAGGGGCAAAAGCGCGGGGUUUUGUUCAGUUUUGAACAGUAUUCUGCGGCACAAUCAAGUUAAUAAUGGAACAGUACCCAGCAAAUAACAGCAAUUCAACUGAACAGAUAGUGGUUCAGGGACAAAUUCAACAACAGAGUCAGCCAUUAAUGGUCCAAGUUAGUGGUGGUCAGUUAAUCACAUCCACUGGUCAACCAAUCAUGGUUCAGGCGGUACCUACAGGACAAGGACAGACAAUUAUGCAGGUUCCUGUCUCUGGAGGGCAAGGUAUACAGCAGAUUCAGCUGGUUCAGCCAAGUCAGCUCCAGCUUCAAAGUGGGCAGGCUGUUCAGGUCCAGAACCAACCGGGACAGGCACAACAAAUCAUUAUUCAACAGCCGCAAGCAGCUGUGACAGCAGGACAAACACAGCAAAUAGUGCAAGGACAGCAGGUGGCACAGACUGCAGAGGGACAGACAAUUGUAUACCAACCGGUUAAUGCAGACGGCACCGUACUCCAGCAAGUUGCAGUCCCUGUUACAGGCAUGAUCACGAUUCCUGCUGCCAGUCUUGCUGGGGCUCAAAUUGUCCAGACAGGAGCCAGCACAAGCACCACAAAUAGCAGCCAGGGCACUGUAACGGUAACACUACCUGUUGCUGGAAGCAUGGUCAAUGCAGGCGGCAUGGUGAUGAUGGUACCAGGGACUAGUACAGUUCCAGCAAUGCAAAGGAUCCCUUUACCUGGUGCAGAGCUACUAGAAGAAGAACCGUUAUAUGUAAAUGCCAAACAGUAUCACCGAAUCUUAAAAAGGCGACAAGCAAGAGCUAAACUUGAGGCAGAAGGUCGGAUUCCAAAAGAAAGGAGGAAAUACCUCCAUGAGUCACGUCAUCGCCACGCAAUGCAGCGAAAACGUGGAGAAGGCGGUCGCUUCUUUUCUCCCAAGGAGGGUGAUGAGAUUGUCAUCUCAGUCAGGCUGUGAAAAGGCGUAAGACAGAGAGAAGCCUGAAUGAUUUCUGGGUAGGCUGUAGAAAAAAAAACAAAAAAAAGAAACACCAGCAGAAUGAAGAAAUAGUGGGUCAGGUGAUCAGGGUGGCCUAAACCUCUGCCUUAUGCAAGUCCUUUGAAACAGACACCUAGUCAAAUUGACGGUCUCUCCUCCAUCCAGUAUUCCUACAUUGACUGCCUCGCCUGCAUUCCUGAAACAAGUGGAGCUUUACAAAAAAAAAACUGUCUUCUCCAGGGGAAAAAAACUUCUUUUCCUUGAGAAUUUAGACUAAAUAACAUUACUGGAGUGUCAGUAAUGAAACUCACUUCAACAGGAAAAGGACUUGGAGUAACUUUUAGUCUAGGUGGAGAAAGCCAAUGUUGCAACUGCUUUCAAUGGUGAUGGUACCUAGUCUGUUAGUUUUGGAUGUAUGGGGAGAAUCACCCUGAUGCUUUGUCUACUUUUAGAAAGUCGGCAAAGAUCAAAGUGUAGUGUCUUGUAAAUUUAUCAAAAACCUCUGGGCUUGGGGGAGAGGGUUAAAAGAAACAAAUGGAAUAGUUAUCUUGUAAUGAGUGACAGAGGAGAGGAAGGGGUUUACCUGAUGCAUUUGGUAUGUUAUUAUGAAACUUACAUGAUUUUGUAUUUUUUCCAGUGUUUGUUAAUUGAGAUAAUGUACAAGUGCGUUUUUUUUUAUUUUCAUUGUGUACCCAAUGCAAUUACUCAGUAAAAUGUAGCAGAAAGACUGCUUCCUGAGAAAUGGUAAACCAUUUUAGAAAACCAUUUAUUUUACAGAAUUGGUAUUACAUUGGAUGCAAUUUCAGUGCUUCAAGUAUGGCUGUAAUGUAGCAAGAAAAUGUUUUUCUUAAAAGAGAUGAUAGGGUAUAUUACAAAGUAGUAAGUUAGUGCAGCAUGAGGGCCACUACUCAACCAUAACAUUCAAAUAUUUCAACUUUAAUCAUUAGUUCAUCCUAAGGUAGGUCAGCCGGGACAACAGUAGAUCUUGACCUUGCGCCUUUAAGUUGAUUGGGGAAGCCAUCACAAAACAUUUAAGGUAUGGUUGUUGUUUCUCACCAUCUUAGCUCCUGUUCAGUACAGAUGUCUGGAUGUUGAGAGAGGACAACUCAAUGAACUCUCCAUAGUUCAGUGAUGCACCAGUGUUCAUUGUCUUGCAUGAAACAUGACAAUUUUUUUGUGGUCAGAGAAAUGUAUUGCUGUCAACAAGACCUUAUUCCAGUAUGCAUUUAUCCUUUUCUGUUGUAAGGGUGAGGGCAGAAAAGUCAUGAAUUGCAAGAAAUUAUUAUUUUCAAAAUGGUUUUGUUUUCUUCUUUUAAUAUCAGGCUACUUUUCUCCCCCUAGAGAAAUGUAUGAAUUUUCUUCCUACAUUUGAAAUUAACACUACACUGUAGUAGCACACAAGUGCAGCCUAAUUGUAAAAUACUAUUUCUUCAUUUGUUGUGCUUCAAUUACAGAGAUAGUGUUUUGUUGUUGUUACAAAAAAUGGGAGACUCACAUUUUAAAAAGCAGCAUUUGGCUAACACUUUUUUUUUAGAAAAUAAUAUCCUUUCUCAGCUGUGACUAGUAUUCAAAUCCAGCCAGGAGAGAGAAAAAAAAUUUCUCUUGGGCUUGUGUGAUAUUUUAAAACAACUUCAGUUUCUGAGGAUUGGAUUCAGCGGAGUAUAAUGCCAAUAUGUUAGACUAUCUUGCCACAUUUGAGCGGAUUAAAUAAGAAAUGACACUCUGCCCUCCAGGAUGUCAGUUAAAGAUGCUAUGAAAAACAUUUGACAGUCUUCAUGUAGCACUGGAUCUUGACCUGGUUCUUCAGUGUAUGUGUUGGAAAUGCAGUAUUUUUUUUUAAUCAGGUAUAUGAACUUGGUUUCAUAUCUGACCUAGGCAGGAUGAGAGGUAUUUUUUCAUCUGAGAAAAGUCCUUUCAGAUAUGGAUUCAAUUUCAAUUCUAACGGCUACAGCAGAUGCAAGACUAGGACCCUAAAAUGAAUUUGGGGCAUUCUUUCGUUCACUUUCUAGAAAGCUCAAAUCUGCUACAAUCCAAUAUUAUGCAGUAAUGGGGUAACAAGAGAACCAUUGAUGUGGGAAUAAAAAUAUCACUGCUCUAAGGAUCUAUUGGACUUUUCUGAGGAUGGAUAAUUGGUGGAAGCCAGAAAGACUGUAGUGGCCAAAUUCUGGCAAAUGUACAAUUUGGACCAAAACAGCCUUGGAAAUUCCAAGCAACUGUGUAACGUCUUCAGUGUUUGGGUAAUAAGGAAUUUAGCAGAACAGAAUUCAUGAAACUUUACCAUUGGCUGUAACCCACCUUUGUGCUUGAGCAGGAAGUACUUAAAGUAUAAAUAGGAGAGAUCUUUGAACAAUCAACAGCAAUCAAAUUCAGUAUAUGCUGAUUCUGAAUGCAAUACCUUCCACACAUGCACCAGAAGAAUCAGUUAUCCAGGUAAUUGACUUUUUACCCUUGCGUCAAUUAACAUUACACAGUGACUGAGUAGCACAAAACUCAGCUUUAAGGGCUUUGAAUAUCAGGUAGAACAUUUUAAUUGUUGCAGAUAUUAUAAAAGGUCAUGCAGAUUAUAAAUAUUUCAACCAAUGCAUUGAAAUGAGUGACUUCUUUUUGUAUAUAGGUUACAGAUUUAUAAUUUUUAUAUACAGCAUUUGGUUUGUAAGCAUGAAUCUAUGAAUUUAGCUGUAGAAGAAAAGUACUGUGUACGUGGUUCAGCUAAUAAAA